AUGGAGCAAUCUGAAGAAAUUGGCAUCAAAAUCUACACUGCAUCACCCCAAGUUGAGCCACCCCUCUACCCUUCUUCCCCACCAGUUGGAGCCGCUCCUGAUCCACCCCGUCCUGGUGGGCGGAAAAGGAGAGCGCUAGCCAGCGGAGUACAAAAAACACUCUCAAAAACAUCAAUGCUCAUAAACUUCCUCCCAACAGGAACCCUUUUAACAUUUGAAAUGGUUCUUCCAUCUGUCUAUGGCAAAGGAGAAUGUUCUCAUGUAUCGACUCUCAUGAUCUAUGUCCUAUUAGGCCUUUGUAAUCUGUCGUGUUUCUUCUUCCACUUCACUGAUAGUUUUCGCGGCCCAGACGGGAAAGUUUACUAUGGAUUUGUCACUCCAAAGGGAUUGGCAGUGUUCAAACCUGGACUUGGUGUUGAAGUGCCUAAAGAUGAGAGGUAUAAAGUUGGUUUCACAGAUUUUGUUCAUGCAAUGAUGUCUGUACUGGUUUUUGUGGCUAUUUCUCUCUCGGAUCAUCGCGUGACGGAUUGUUUGUUCCCUGGACAUGCUAAGGAAUUGGAUGAAGUUAUGCAGAGUUUUCCAUUAAUGGUGGGGAUCAUCUGCAGUGGCUUGUUCCUUGUCUUCCCCAAUACUCGAUAUGGAAUCGGAUGUAUGUCAUCAUGA